UGGUGGCACCAUGUGUGCGCAAAGCAUACCAUAACGUGGUAAACAGAAACUGCGGAUGAUAGCGAAAUUGCCGAGAUAUGACAAACAGAACCGGACAGCACGAAAGCCUUAUCAACAACUUAUGUGUCCAUGUUGUUGUUGGUUCGUAAACGAUCACAUUGAUGGCUUCGGACCUGGGAAGCGCCAGAGUACGAGGUGCACCGGAAGGCAGCAGGAGAAGGGCUCCAUCUAUCCCACAACAGCGCCAUCCCGGCGUAUUAUCUUUGGAGGGACACCUCCACAGGAAGCCGCCUGGCAGGGAACGGGUUAAGGAGUCAGCGGGGGUCCAGAUCGAUGCCUCCUCUCCUGCACGUCGCCAUGAACAAAUGAAUUCGCGGGGAAUUAAAUAUCAAUUUCACAAAGGAGAAAAAGUCUUGUGUUUUGAACCCGACCCCACCAAGGCUAAAGUGUUGUACGACGCAAAGGUUAUUGAUGUCUUAAUAAGUACAGAUGAACAUGGAAGGAGAGUCCCAAAGUACCUGAUUCACUUCAACGGCUGGAACAGGAGCUGGGAUCGUUGGGCGGCAGAGGACCAUGUGCUUAGGGACACUGAAGAAAACCGUAAAUUGCAACAUAAACUGGCGCGCAAAGCUGCAGGUCGCAUGAAGAGAAAGGGAUGGUGGAAGAGGCGUCGUCGUCAGUCUGGUGUUAAAUCUACUCUGAAGACACUCCCUAAGGAGGACGACAGCGAUGACGCAUGUUUAAUUUCGUCUUCAGAGAGCAGUGACGAGGACGAUUCUGACCCUGAAUCUUCAAAUAGCGGGGACAGCAACUUCUCAGAGGAUCUGAAAAAAAUGAGGGUGGAGCAAGAGACUCAUCCUAAGAGGGAAUGUGAGGAGAAGAUCGUCCACGUCGACAUCGACAUCCCCGAUAUCCUCAAGAAGAAACUGGAGGAUGACUGCUUCUACAUCAACAAGAGGAAGAAGCUGGUGAUGGUUCCCUGUCAGACAAACGUUGUGCACAUCCUCGAGUCGUACGUCAAGCACUUUGCCAUCAACAAAGCGUUCAUGGCCAACGAGAGGUACCGACGUCACCAGACCACCACCACCACCACCACCACUACCACCCAGAACAAUCUCAGCCCACAGCAAGUCCCUCCAGAGAAGAGUCAGUUCAUCAUAGCGGGUGAGGAUCUGUGUAAGGAGAUGGUGGAUGGUCUGAGGAUCACAUUCGACUUCACUCUACCCAUGAUCCUCCUCUAUCCUUGUGAACAAGCUCAGUUCAAAAAGGUCAGCUCUUCCAGGCUCUUCUUCACCAUCAACGACAGCUCUCCUUGCUCCAGCAACACCCAACGAGAGCGUAGCCCAAGCCCGUUGGGUCACAACCCCCCAACCCCCCAGUCAACAGACAGCCAGCCGGCACUGAGUGACAUCUCUGCCACCACGCCCACCGCUCCCACCCCCACUCCAAAGCGCCGGCGGCACCCCGACAUGGACUGUAUCUCAACAUACCAGUCGCAUUCACUCAGACGCUCCACCAGGAACACGUCCGGGGGGCUGGCUGAGGGGAGCAGUGGAGGUGGAGGCAGUACCACAGCGUCCCCACAGCCCAAAAGGCGCCUGGUCGACAGCUCAUCCCAGCCCAAGUUCUUCCUCAACCUCGACAGAAGAACACCAGGGCACAGCGGUUCAUCGUCCCCGUUGCCCCUGACACCUAGUAAGGAACUGGGUGGGCCUUUCUAUGGCCUGGAGAGCCGAAGAAACAAUGAGCUCAAUGAGGUCCUGAGCUGGAGGCUGACUCCGGACAACUACCCUCUGAACGACCAGCCUCCUCCACCCUCCUACCUGUACGGAUCACAGCAUCUCUUGCGGCUCUUUGUGAAGCUUCCUGAGAUCCUGGGGAAGAUGCAUAUCCCUGAAAGGAAUCUUCGAGCUCUGGUAAAACAUCUGGAGCUGUUCCUCAGGUUUCUGGCCGAGUUCCAUGAGGAUUUUUUCCCCGAGUCUGCGUACGUGUCUGCAUCAGAGGCCCAUUACAGCAUGAAACAGCCGAGGCCCGUUUACUGAAACAGACUGCCAUGUGUCUGCCGCUUUGUCUCUGCCCCUUGCUCCUCCCUUCUGUGCAGCCCUGGCCUACUCCUUCCUCUUGUCUAGACUGAUGCAGUCCAGACUGAGUUACAGAGGAAUAAAGAUCAUUUUUGUGGAGAUGCUUUUGGGAUAUUCAGCUGUCUUUGGAGUUGUGGAGUUGGGCAGUACUGUUGUGGACCACCCUGCCUCCUCCUCUGGUCUGACUUGUUUGUUUCCUGCUGUUGCAUCACAGUACUGGUUGCCCCUGCCAUGCCGCUAGCCCUCGUCCAUCCUCUGUUGUGCAACUGCCCUAUAUGCCUGGCCAACAUAUUCUGCUUUGCCUCAGUGUAAACCCUGCUUUGCAGUGUAUUGUCGUAUCGCUUAUCCAGUGCUACGUAUUGGUCAAUGUUACCCUUGUUCAGGCCCAAAGCAAGUCUUUUUUGAUUCCUAUGUGACAGCCUUAGGCUAUGUCAGCCUAGUCUAAGUACUAUUGAUGUAAUAAUUUGUACACAGGUCCAGUGGAGCACCCCAUUUCCUCCCAUUUUUUUGUUUUGCCUGGCAUAGAGAUUUUAAAUUAUAUCAUGAAAGACCAGUCAGUGGCUUAGAUCAGUCUCCAGCUAAGCUUAUGCAACUGGUUCCCACUGUGGUUGGUUCUCACUUAUCCAAAUUGUAAAUUUUAUACAAUACACCUGUCCUUAGUAGUUGAAAUAGAACCUCAAGCCUUGAACUUUUUAAGUAAAAGUCCUCCCCUUCUCUGGUGUUGGGUUCUAGUUCAGCCAGCCCCUUUUUUCCAGCUUUGAACCACACAGAAGUGGAAGCAGAGCUAGAUCCAAGCUGCUUGGCAAAGCUUUUCUAACUUUCCUCAACAACUUCUGCCACUCUGAUAUUGCGCCAUGCUUGCUCUUAAAGGCCACUACACGCCCAUGCUGCAUCUCAGCUUGCUGUGGCCUGUCCAAUGGCAGAAAGAGGGGCUUAAUUGAAAACCCCAAUGUUUUCUCUCUGCGUACAGUAAACUUCAUUUCUGGAUGCGUUUUCUUACCUACCUGUGUGGGCGCACAAGGCACUGUACGUGGAUGUUCUGUUUUUGUCAAGUGAAAGCCUGUUUGGAAGCCCCAGCUGGGCUCCAACCCCUACUUGUCAAGUGACUUCCUGUAAGAGCCAUGCUGUGUUGCCAGUGAUCCUUCUGGAUGUUUUCCCCUAAACCUAAGACAUUCCUAUCCUGGAGAUGCCCCAUCGCUUCCACUGAGCUAUUCUAAUUCACUGACUCUUGAAGAACUUUUUAUCAGGGAUGUGAAUUUUCCCGUCCUUGUUUACCCCAGGAUUUCACACUUUUGGAUAUGUAAUGUCCAUUAAUCUCCAUGGGACCCUGCCACUUCCCCAUUUUGUACUGCUUUUGAUGUUGUCCUGUGCACAUCUCUGUUGAAUGUCUCUCUCCAAAGACCUUUAUUUCUAGCAGCUUCUUUGUUCUGCCUCUCUGACUCUGUUCACCUUCUACCAGAAAGGAUAAGGCACAAUGGAGAAAGAGGGAUGAAAAAGGAUUAACGACAAGUGCUGUCUAUAUAUCUUGAGAGUAAAGAAUCCCCUCCAUUUCUUGACUUGCUUACGCUAAGAAUAAUGUCUGUUAUUGUAGCUAGAUCUUGUUCUGAGGGUAAUCUUUCUCUGUUCUUUGACAGUGGAAACACACCUGAGGCUAGGAGUAUUUGCAGAUAUUAUAUAUAAAUUGUUUUAGACUAGUUUGGUGUCAGAUGUGUGGGAUCUGCCACAUCGGACAAUGCUGUGAGUGCUAAAAUCACAAAUUGUAUAGGAAACAUGAUUUACUAUGGUUUUCUUUAACUGGCGGCCUCUUUUGUCUAAAGAAAUAUGUGCUAAAUCCCACUCAUUUGGUACUAAGUAACAAAUAAAAAGAGAAUUAUUUGCAAAUACUAUUUGACUUUGGUCCGGAUUCAGAAAUGGUCAUCCCAGUGCUGUGGUGCUGAUGGAUAAUCCCGCUAUGUUGUCGUUUUAGGAAAUUCGUCUCUGUUUUGCUGUUGGCUUGUAUUUUCCAUUGCUUUGUGAAAAUGUAUAUAGAAGAUGCCCUUUUUAAGAGGAUGUUAAUUUAUUUUUCUUUAUACGAAUUUGAUUCUUCUGUUAAUACAUGAUGCUUCAUGGUGCAGCUGAUGCUUCCAUGUACCCAGAUCAUACAUGCUGAAGUAGUUAUUCAACCUGCACGAGGCAGACUUGUGUAUUAAUGAUACACAACAAUCAUUUGUCUAAAUAUUAUUAGUUUUCAGAUAAAAUAUGUCCAUAGUUUUAGUGUUUUUGAAAAUGUCAUGGGUAUCGUAUGCAUGGCCCAGCAAGUCAAAUAUUUCUAUCUUUGUGCUUAUUUUCCACCAUUUUUGUCUGCAAAGACAGUUGCUUUUCAGCAUUUUUUUUUUUUUUUUUUUUUUUUUUGCUAACAGUUUGAAUAAAGACUUACCAAGUUCUCUUUUGGAAA